AUGUGUGUGACAGUCAAUGUUUUGUCAUUGGUGUGUUUGUGUGUGUGUGUGUGUGUGUGUGUGUGUGUGUGUGUUCAGCCCAAACCGAGGUAUGCCGUCACCAUUGCCGUCUCUUCUCGGACCUUAUUUAACAUGGUCGAGGAGAGGAAGAUCUAUGAUGAAGAAGGACUAGAGAGAUACGUUGCCUACCAGCAGGACCACGAAAAUGAGCCGCUGAAACCAGGGCCCGCCCUCCCCUUCGUCAAGGCUCUGAUGACUGUGAACGACAGACUGAGGGAGCUGUAUCCAGACAGUGAAGAGCUUUUCGACAUUGUCCUCAUGACUAAUAACCAUGCCCAGGUCGGCGUUCGUCUCAUCAACAGCAUCAAUCACUAUGACCUGACCAUUGAGAGGUUCUGUAUGACCGGAGGGCAGAGUCCUAUUGGUUAUCUGAAGGCCUACAUGACCAACCUGUACCUCUCCAAGGACACGAAAAAAGUCCAGGAGGCCAUUGAGGAAGGGAUUGCGGCUGCUGUCAUGUUUAAGCCAGACGUGGAGACAGAGCUGAGUGAGACACAGCUGCGUGUGGCUUUUGACGGAGACGCUGUCCUGUUUUCUGACGAGUCCGAGAUCAUCGUCAAAAAGCACGGUCUGGACACGUUCUUCGAACACGAGAAGAAGUACGAGAACAAACCGCUUGCACAGGGCCCUCUGAAGUGCUUCCUGGAAGCUCUGGGGAAGCUGCAGCGCAAGUUCUACGCCAAAAACGAGCGUUUGAACUGCCCGAUCCGCACCUUCCUGGUGACAGCACGCAGCGCGGCCAGCUCCGGCGCCCGCGUCCUGAAGACGCUCAGGAGCUGGGGCCUGGAGAUCGACGAGGCCCUCUUCCUCGCCGGGGCCCCUAAAGGCCCCCUCCUACAGAAGAUUCGACCCCACAUCUUCUUCGAUGACCAGAUGUUCCACGUGGAGGGCGCCAAGGAGCUGGGCACCAUCUCCGCCCACGUGCCCUAUGGCAUAGGGCAGAAAUACCAUAAAGGGAAGCUGAUCGAACAACCAGCCAAACAGAGCUAAGGAACACAUCAACAUCUUC